UUUAUAAAAGUUAAAAUUUUGGCAAACAAAAAUAAGUGAAAAUGCAUUGCUCGUCGAAACAAAAACAGGAAAACGGGGUGUGUUGAAUUACAAAAUUAACGUUGAUGCACAUAAAAACGCAGUAUGAACCAUUCUAGCCCAAUUUGUGAAUGAUUUCAAUUGUGUAUAUAUAACACGACAAAUGAAAAAACUUUAUUUAUCAAUUACAAAUUAAUUAAGUAAAUGCAAAAGACAAAUGCAUUACUGAUAAAACACAAAAUAGGUUUUAGAUUUUAAGUGAACAAAGCGACAACUGGGAUUAGCAUUGAGAAUUUCAUACAGAUAUUUGCACACAAGCAUACGGGCACACACAGAUACGCACACAAACACACACACACACACACACAUUUGUUACAUUUGACGGAAGCGUAAAAUUUCAUUGGCGACAGAAACGCAACAAGAAAACGCUGGAAUGCGUGCCUCCAUUCCGCCGGGCGUACGUGUUGUACGCGGUCCAAAUUGGAUAUGGUCGAAUCAAGACGACGGGGAAGGUCACGUUGGUACCGUUUGCGAAAUAGGACGUUGCGGAUCGACACACUCACCCGAGAAUACGGUUGUGGUCAAUUGGGAUUCAGGUCAUCGCACCAACUACAGAGUUGGCUAUCAAAAUCAGUAUGAUCUAAUAAUUGUGGACAAUGCCCAAGUUGGUGUUCGUCACUCGAAUGUCGUGUGUGAUGGCUGCUCAAAGGGAAUAGCUGGCAUUGUAUUUAAGUGCGCCCAGUGCACAAAUUAUCAUUUGUGUGCCUUUUGUUACGGCGCAAAUCUUCACGAUUUGGAGCACUCAUUUGUAAGAUAUACAACGCCCACAUCCUUGGGAGUGCGAGUGCCACCACGAAAAGGUUCACAGCGUAUACAAUUGCGAGGCAUCUUUGUGGGCUCAAAGGUUGUGCGUGGUCCCGACUGGGAGUGGAACGACCAGGACGGCGGUGAGGGUAAAACCGGGCGUGUUAUGGAAAUUCGUGGCUGGGACAAUGAAUCUUGUCGCAGUGUAGCCAACGUCUCUUGGGUAACCGGAUCAACGAACGUCUAUCGCCUUGGCCACAAGGGCAACGUCGACCUUAAAUAUAUAGCAGCUACUUGCGGUGGUUAUUACUACAAGGAUCACAUGCCUGUCUUGGGUCAACCGGAGGAACAGCAACCGAUCGUGGCUAUGGUUAAGCCCACCUUCUCUGUCGGUGAUCGGGUUAAAGUCUGCUUAGAGGUAGAUGCACUGAUGAAGCUACAACAGGGACAUGGUGGCUGGAAUCCUCGCAUGGUCGAGCAUCUCGCCAAAUUGGGCACCGUGCAUCGCAUCACCGAAAAGGGUGAUAUACGUGUUCAGUACGAAAAUUGUCCCAAUCGUUGGACGUUUCAUCCCGCCGCUCUUGUUAAAGUUGUAUCGUUCCGUGUGGGCGACUUGGUCACAAUUAUCAAUGAUGCACAUAAGGUCCAGCAGUUGCAGAAGGGACACGGCGAAUGGAUUGACAUAAUGCGCUAUGCGUUGGGCAAGCUCUGCAAGGUGGUGAAGGUGUACUCCGAUGGAGAUUUGCGCAUACAGCAAUUGCAUGAUGGCUUCGAAUGGACUUUAAAUCCGAAAUGUGUCAAACUGGAGCGUUCACCAUUGGCGACUGCAGCGGAACGUUCCAAUAGCAUGAUGGACUUGAGUCAUCGUCGCACGGAUCAUGUGAUGACGCCACUAUCGGGUCUCUCUGGCAGCUCGGUGGCCGAUAAAUUGGUUCGUGAGGCAGCCCAGGGUCAUUUAGACUUUGUGAAACAAUAUCUGGACGUGAAUCCUAGUCAGGUGGAUGUGAUGAGCGGCGGCAAGGCAUGCAUACAGGUGGCCUCACAUCAGGGCUACGUGGAGCUGGUUACUUACCUCAUUUCGAAGGGCGCCAAUGUCAAUGUUGUGGACAAGGAGGGCGACUCGGCGUUACACUACGCGGCAUUUGGCAAUCAACCAGAAACGAUGCGUGUGCUGCUGGAGCAUGGCGCCGAGGUGAACUUCCUCAACUCCAGCCACUGUUCGGCCUUGCACAUCUGUGCGCACAAAAAGACGCCACACUGUGUACGUGAACUUCUCCAGCACAAUGCCAAUGUGAAUAUCCAGGAUUCGUAUGGAGACACCGCACUGCACGAUGCCAUAGGCAAGGAGAAUACCGAAGUCGUGGAGCUGCUCUGCAAUGCACCAAAUUUAGAUUUUACGGUGAAGAACAAUCGUGGCUUCAAUGUGCUUCAUCAUGCGGCACUUAAGGGCAACGUUGUGGCCGCUCGUCGCAUCCUCCAGCUGUCACGUCAAUUGGUCAAUGUAAGAAAGGACGAUGGAUUUGCAGCGCUGCAUUUGGCGGCACUCAAUGGGCAUGCACAGGUUGUGGAAACACUGGUAACCGAGGGACAAGCGGAGCUGGACAUACGUAACAAUAGGCGUCAAACGCCGUUCCUUUUGGCUGUCUCGCAGGGACAUGCGGGUGUCAUUGAACGUCUCGUCAAGCUGUCGUGUGACAUAAAUGCCAAGGAUGAGGAUGGCGACAAUGCUAUGCACUUGUGUGUCAUUAAGAAAACCAAUCUGCAGCAAGCAGCUGAACCGGCACAGGAAGACGCGCCCGAAAUCCACAAGUUCUUUAUUAGCCUGGCACAGACCAGUGUCCGCAACGAGGAUCGAUUAAUGUACAGCAUUCUAAUCUAUCUUUCGCGUCAUGGCUGUCGUGUGGAGCUUAACAAUGCCAAUGCCAGUAUUUUCGAAUGGAUUACAGAUCGAAAUAUAAGGCAGUUGAUCUUUGGCCAGCAAACAGCCGGCGGAACUGAGGAGUCAUCCAUAACAACAGCAACAACAACAACGGCACCGAUUCCAUUACAACGUAAUAUGCAAGCUCUGGACAUCAACACAUCGGAUGAUGCGGCCGCUGUUGUUGAAGUUGGUGAAGAUGCUGUAGCAACGGCAGCGACAUCUUCAACAUCAUUAGCACUACCACCGCCAGUUACGCAACCAAAGCCCAGCGAGGCGGCACCAUCGCCGGGCAACAAGAAACUUAAUUCGGAUGCCACCACAAGUGUUUCACCUCAAGUGGCGCCACGCAAGAAAGCACCAAAGCCGCCAGUGCCAACCACAGCCACAGCGACAUCAACAGCCACCACAUGCAGUGCUGCCACAGUGGAAACAAAUGCUUUGCCCCAUGUUGCGAUCGGUGCGGCAGCUGCUGCAGCAUUGCCGGGUCUUAUCUCUGGUCAACAGGAGUGCAUCGUGUGCAACGAGCCGCUGCAACUGGUGCGCUUCGAACCCUGCCUGCAUCAGAUUGCCUGUGAGGAAUGCAGCAUUCGGAUGAAGAAGUGUCUGCGCUGCGGAGUUGUGAUUGAGAGACGUUUGGAUGCCAGCGGUCGUCAGGUUGUUGGCCAACAGUUGUCCACCACAUCAUCGCCCAGUGACCAGGCUCGUUUGCCAUCUGGCGAUCUGUUGCGAUAUCUAGAGAACAAAGUUCAGGAGUUUGAGGAAUCGCACUUUUGUGGCAUUUGCAUGGAACGCAAACGGGAUGUAGCCUUCCUCUGUGGCCAUGGCGCCUGCUCCCACUGUGCCGAGACGCUGCGCACUUGCCACAUGUGCCGCAAGACGAUACUAAAGAAAAUUAAUCUGUAUUAAGCAGUGGGCAGUGAUCUGGCAAUUUGCAACCAAAGUGGCUUGUAUAUACUACAUAAUGAUGAAAGUUAUAAUAGUUUUAUCAUCAUAUUUGAAAGUGUCGUGUCUGAUACAACAAGCGAAUAUGGUUUUACUCCCUUUACAAACAUAUUAUUUAUUACACACCAACGAAUUUUUCUGUUUUUGUAACGGUCUAUCGAUGGCAUCAUAUACAUACAUAAAAAAAAAUCAAUUUUGCACUCACCAUACCUAUACAAUUGUCUAGUUAAUUAGCCUCGUUUAACGAACAACGAAAAAACUAACUAAAUACGAUUAGAUGUUUAAAAUUAUAAGCAUUUUAAUUUAAAAUAUAAGAA